CGGAGAAGGCGGACGUGCAGCUCUUCAUGGACGACGACUCCUACAGCCACCACAGCGGCGUCGACUACGGAGACCCCGAGAAGUUCGUUGACUCAGGCCAGGACCGGGAUCCCCACCGGCUCAACUCGCAGCUCAAGGUGGGCUUCGAGGAUGUGAUCGCAGAGCCGGUGACUACGCACUCCUUUGACAAAGUGUGGAUCUGCAGCCAUGCCCUCUUUGAAAUCAGCAAAUACGUGCUGUACAAGUUCCUAACCGUGUUCCUGGCCAUCCCCCUGGCCUUCGUCGCGGGAAUUCUCUUUGCCACCCUCAGCUGCCUGCACAUCUGGAUUAUAAUGCCCUUUGUAAAGACCUGCCUAAUGGUUCUGCCUUCGGUGCAGACAAUAUGGAAGAGUGUGACCGACGUUAUCAUCGCCCCAUUGUGUACAAGCGUGGGACGAAGCUUCUCUUCUAUCAGCCUGCGACUGAGCCAAGACUGAACACUUGGACCCCAGGUCUGGAGAUUUGGACACUGUAAUGCUUCUUUGUUAUUGUAAAAUAAAAGCACUACUGUUCUGUUCAUUUUCCAACUGCUCUAAUUAAGAAAACUAUUAAAAUGGGCAACCACAUUUAGAAAUGUUUAUUGGCAGACCUUUUCAAAUAAGGCUUUUCUAAUUAAUAGAUGAGGAUUUCAUAUAUAACUUCAUAACCUUAAUUAUAUGGUAGGUUGACAGCACUUAAUUUGAAAGGCAGACAGUUAUUGCUUUGGUAUAAAAGCACACAUUUUACAAUAAUGAAUUUAUAGUGAUUGUGGGUCCAGGCUCUCAAAGCACUACAAUAGUUUUGUGUACAACUGCUCAUAAAAAUAUGAGAUUUCUUAUUUUUUUUUAACUCUGGGAGUAAUAGUUUUUAAAUUACUUUUACAAAUAUAGUCAUAAGGAUCCUUAGAGGUAGGAUAUACAAACAUCCUAGAAAUUGCAGUAACAAAAGCACAGUGAUUAUGGUUAACUGUCAAAUAUGAAACAAAUAAAUGUGAAGAUAGAUUCAUGAAAAUGUGUUCCUUUAGGGUAUUGUCAACCUAUGGGCCUAUUUAACAAGAAGUUUAGUUUUACUGUAUAUUUUGUACUUAAUGUAAAUGUUGCUCUAAUCAGAUUGAGGCGUUUUUAUUAUUAUAUUGAACUAAUAUAUAGAAUGAAUAAAUAUAGCUCCCACAAGGUAAAUUCAUUGGUAAGACUGCACUGCCUUGGUUAUGAAAGCAUUUAUAUUUCUUCUUUG